AUGAUCAUAGUGACGCUUGUUGCCCUAAUUCUUCCAGUUUCAAUUUUUUCGGAUCAGCUGCGAGACAAAACCAUUUCACAACGAUGUGAUGCCCUACAAGUUCAAUGGGAGCAAAGCGGAGAGGCAUUCCUGGGUGUACGCGAAACGUACGAAGGAAAAGAAAAGCUUAUUUGCUACGUAACCGAAUUUAUCAAUACUACUGGACGCCCAGAGGCACACGACUACGUUGCAACGUCAAAAAAAGACGAUGGAUUGAUGGAACCUGUACUGAAAAAAGCAGCCCCUGGGGUCGCAAUAAAUGAUACAAACGAUAGAAACGAAUCGUUGCCGUAUAAUUUGGUUAAUAAAAUGUGCAGGCAAACCGCGGGUCAUCGAACGGUCGCUGCACGAAUACGUCAUCGCGAUCAGAUUUUCGAACUGAGAAGUUAUGCUGAAAAAUACUUGAAAGAAAACGGAUUUGACAAGGUACGUGUACCGAUGCUAACCGGUCUUAUUCAUAUUCGCGGUAUGGGCUUCAUUUGGAUAUCAGGAAAUAACGGUACACAUGUCACCAUGUACGAUCCUAGCUAUGAAGCACUGUACGACGAGAUGCCUUUUUGGGUCGAUCCGACGUUUCAUCCGUACUUGAAUACCACUGAAAUACACUGCCAUCGUUUUGUAAUAUGGACUUGUAAGUUUUUGAACAGCCAAAUAUCCUGUUACAGUGAAGGCUUGAAUUUCUUUCAUUUUUUUAUGAAAACCAGUGAGCAUUGCAUGUUUUCCCGUUGUAACCCUGCCAAAACAGUUGUCAAUGAAUAA